AUGCUCAAGGACUGGUCGGGGGUCGACCGCGACGGCGUCAUGCGCUACGUCAAUGGGUGUGCGACGUACGAGGGCGGCCUUGGCAUGAACCCGGGCCUUGAAGCGCAGGGCGGCGUGACUCACUGCGGCAUGGCGUCACUAGCGCUCUGCGGCCGUCUCGCGCAGGGCCGCACCAACAAGACGCCGGACAGUUGCUACGCGUUCUGGGACGGCGCGACGCUACAGAUGCUUGGGUUCCACAACCUCGUGGACAUUCCCAGCGUCCGUAAGUUUGUGCUCUCGUGCCAGUUUCCGCACGGUGGCGGGAUCGCCAAGUUCCCGAACACGUAUCCCGACGUCAUGCACGCCUACUACAGUCUUGCGUGGCUCAGCAUCGCGGGCGAGCAUGGCUUGUUGCCGCUUGAGACUAAGCUGCAGGUGCCAUUGCCCAAGAAGCCGUCGCAUCAUUAG